GUCUCUGACAGACUGGUUACCAUCAUCCUCACAACCGCUACAAAUUCUACACACAAUCCCUCUUCUUAAUAACCGCUAAUUUCUCUUAAAAUCAAUUUAAUAGCUAUAAAACACCAUUAACCUAUAUUGGGUUUUCCUAUCGUUGCGAAAAAAAAAACCUAUAUUGGGUUUCUUUCUUGUAAAAGAAGAAAAUUCAAUUCUUGAAGCAAAAGCAACUUUUUUUCUGCUUCAGCCAUGGCUGCAGAGACCAAGGAGACGACGACUCCCGAGGCGCCGUGUGCGGCCGAGGACGUGGUGGUGGUGGUUCCUGACGUUCCGGUGAUUGAGAAGCCGACGGACGCCGUUGUGAACAAGGAGGCGCCGCCCCAGCCGGAGCCGGAGAAAGUUGAGAAAGUAGCGGCCCCGGCGGAGAAGGCGGCGGCGGAUGGGGAGAAGGCGAAAGACGAUGCUCCCGAAGGUGCGAUAACCGCUGAGAGCAACAAAGUCGAAGACUUGAUCGAUCCGGAGAAGAAAGCCCUGGACGAGUUCAAGGUUCUGAUUCAGGACGCGCUCAACAAGCACGAAUUCACCGCCACUCCCCCGCCGCCGCCGCCCGCCCCCGCGAAGGAGGAGGAGAAGGAGGCCAAGCCGAAACCGGAAGAAAAGCAGGACGAAGAGCCGGAGAAAAAAGAGGAAGGCCCGAAGGCCGAAGAGAAAAAGGAAGAAGAGCCGAAAACCGAAGAAAAGGUCGAAGCUUGUGAAGAAUCUCCGCCGGCGCCGGCGGCGGAGGAGGCGGUGGAGAAGAAGGUCGAGGAAAAAUUGGAAGCUGCUGAGGAAAUCAAGGAGACCAUCAUCGUUCACGAAGUCGCCGCCCCUGCUCCGCCUCCGUGCGAGGAUCCGGAGCCGGCCGCCGCCGCCGCCCCACCGGCGCCGGAGGAGGUCUCCAUCUGGGGCGUCCGCCUCCUUGCAGACGAGAAGAGCGACGCUAUCCUCCUGAAAUUCCUUCGGGCGAGGGACUUCAAGGUGAAGGAAGCUUUCGCCAUGCUCAAAAGCGUGGUGGCGUGGAGGAAGGAGUUCAAAAUCGAAGAGCUCCUCGAUGAAGAAAAUAUCAUCGAGGGUCUCGAAAAGGUUGUUUAUAUGCACGGCGUUGAUAAAGAAGGGCACCCAAUUUGUUACAAUGCCUUUGGUGAGUUUCAAAGCAAGGAAUUGUAUGAUAGCACUUUUGCUGAUGCUGAGAAGAGGGCCAAAUUCUUGAAAUGGUAUAUUCAGUUCUUGGAGAAGAACAUAAGGAAACUCGAUUUCUGCCCGGAUGGGAUUUGCACGAUUGUUCAGAUAACCGAUUUUAAAAACUCACCGGGGCUCAUCUUGUUCAAGAAGGAGCCUCACAAGGCUACUAACCAGGCUCUUCAGCUGCUCCAGGAUAAUUAUCCUGAAUUUGUGGCCAAACAGGUGUUUAUCAAUGUUCCUUGGUGGUAUUUGGCUUACAAUCGGAUGAUUAGUCCAUUCUUAACUCAAAGAACCAAGAGCAAGUUUAUUUUUGCUGGCUCCACAAGAACCACUGAGACUCUAUUCAAAUACAUAGCGCCCGAGCAAGUCCCGGUUCAAUAUGGUGGCCUUAGCAAAGAUGGCGAUCAAGUAUUCACCACUGCUGAUCCUGCAAAAGAAGAAAUUAUCAAGCCAACUUACAAACACACCAUCGAAUUUCCAGUCACUGAGGCUGGUAUGUUGCUUUGGGAGGUAAGGGUCAUAGGAUGGGAAGUUUCGUAUGGGGCUGAGUUUGUACCGAGUGCUGAAGGAGGAUACACUUGGAUUAUACAAAAGGCUCGAAAAAUUGGGCCUUCUGACGAACAAGUCAUAAGCUGCAGCUUCAAGAAUAGCGAAGCUGGAAAAGUUGUGCUAACGUUCGACAAUAAAACUUCUAAAAAGAAGCAUCUCAUCUACAGGUCCAAGAACAAGCCCUCUGAAUGAAACACAAAAAUGAAGAGGGUUCCUUUGUUCUUUCACAAUAUUAUUCUUUUUUGUUUUCUAAAUGUGAUUGGUAAUUUGGUAUGAUUGAACUUUAUUUUUUUUUAUUUAUAAAGUAUGGGGGAGUUUGUCUAUUUAUUAUACAUUUGUUUGGUGUUUUUAGUGAACUACUUUUUUCUUUGGAUUGUUUAAGAGUUAUUUGCUGUAAAUUUGAUAUCUUGCAAUUGGUUCUGUAAAUUUGAUAUGUUUAACUCUAUUUUCCAUGUGUGUAAGAUUGUGAAUUUGUAACAUUCUUAUUGCUUUCUUUCUGUUUGGG